CCACAGCCCAGGACGUCCUUUAUGCCUUCUUAGCCGGGCGCGCAUAGAAACCACAUCCUAAUGGACAAAAAGGCUAAAACCUCCAGUACCCGGGUUAAAAGCCCAGUUCGGGGCCGGACUUUAAGAAGUCCCCCACCAACGAGAAGAACGGCUCCACCUCAGAGAGAAAACCCACCUAAAACCAAACGAAGCGCAGACGAAAGCAAAGUAAAAAAACCAUGCCCCAGAAGUGCGAAAAGUCCGACCUGUCAACGCCCUAAUGGACCAGAGCCGCACAAGAACCGCAAGGCCCGCUCUCCGACCCGCAAGCCAGAAGCAGGUGCGCAUCCGACUAGAGGGGGCUGCAGAACCGCCAGUGCCGGCGCCGCACCUGGGGCGAGAAGCCCACCUGCAGCCAAAGCAGAAAGACCCGGUGUAAGAGGCCAAACCGCAGCUGUGGAGAAGAUUCUACUGUCGGUACUCGACAACUUAAAGAUUAGGAAACCGGCCAUUUCCGAAAGCACCAAUAAAGUUAACGACGUGGUGGAUGGCAUCAUUAAACACUUGAAAUCGCAUACAUCCGAAUACUUCAGCCAGAUAGAAAAACUGCCUACUGGAAGCUACUACGAGAAUGUUAAGAUUUCUGAACCAGACGAAUUUGAUGUGAUGCUCACUGUACCAGUUCAGAGAGUAGAGAUACAACAGUUCGAUACGACGGGAGCUUUCUAUAGUGUGGCGUUUAAAAGAAACCCUCAGAGAAACCCACUGCAGCGCUUUGUACUUUCGGGUGGAACCAUCUCCGCGAAUGGCAUGCUCAGCGAGUUCAGGAGUCAAGUUAAACAGGCUACCGAAACCAUGCCAGGCGUGCAACUGGAGAGGAAGAAGAGGGGAUCCCCAGCGGUGACCUUGGCCGUUAAUGAGAACCGUCGUGUGAUCAGCGUGGACAUCGUCCUUGGGCUAAAAGUUCAUAUGCAGAGUUGGCCAUCUUGCACCAAAGACGGCUUCAACAUUGACAGCUGGCUGGGGACCAAAGUCAAAAGAGACUUCAAGAUCGCACCGUUCUACUUAGUCCCGAAAUACACCGGCAAGGGCAGUGAUGAAAAGGAUGGAAUAUGUGCAAAAGAUGCAUGGCGAAUUUCUUUCUCACACGUGGAAAAGGGAAUCCUGAAAAAUCAUGGCUCAGCCAAAACCUGCUGUGAAUCUGGAGGUUCGCAGUGUUGCAGGAAACAAUGUCUUAAAUUAUUAAAACACCUACUGCAAAAACUAAAAGAGGCCCACCCCAAAGAACUGUCCAAGUUUUUCUCCUAUCAAGCUAAGACCACACUACUCCACGCUUGUGUGAAGAGACCGAAGGACAGUGACUGGGAGAAGGGGAAUCUCAGCACCUGCUUUGACCUGCUGCUCCAGGAUUUUAUACAGUAUUUGGAUCUUGGGAAGCUUCCUCAUUUCUUUAUUCCGACUUACAAUCUUUUGGAUUCUGGAUGUGAUUCGAAAAGCAUGAAGUCUUUAAUACAAUACAUUAGAUAUGAACAGAAUAACAUGUUUCCCAUCUUCUGUGAAAGAAACAGCAAUUGGUGUUAAAUGCUUUAAAAGGCGGCUUGGUGAAAAGAUAUUUCAAGAAAAUGUUGCAGUGCCCAAGCAGAAAAGCCGUCAGCCCAAGACUUCAAUUUCAAUUUCACCCUUAGAUAGGGUGGAAAAUACUUGUUAAAGAUGAUUAAAAAAAUUAACAUCUUUCUUCGUCAGAGAACGGUCAGUGAUGGGUAAAUCAAUACACUACCAAAUAUUUGCCCAAUACCUGUUUCAAUUUUAAAAUUUCAACUAAAGAGGGUUAUACUUUUAAAUUGAAGAAUUAGGGGAUAGCGUGCCACUACUUUAAAUCACCCAGAGAUUACAAAGUGUGUUUCAUCUAAUUCCACAGUCUCGCCCAGUACAUAAAUGCAAAUUGAUCACUCUUAAUAGGAAUGGUUGGUGCACUGCAAAUGAUAAAAAGGAAACUUAACAGUUCUGCAAAUAUAAGAAUUGACCACCUACUAACUAAAAAAAAAAAUUCAAAUCUACUUAAGACAUUCCAGCUGUAAAAGAACAGUUAGAGUUGUGACUCAGUCAUUGAGCCAGGCCACUAUUCCUAGUGGAAAUGCUGUACCGUAAUAAAAAGGCAAUAAACAACCCAACACAUGACAUAAACAUCUUGAUGUGUCAUA